AUGAGAUCAUCCCGUGUACUUUCCCAUCCAGUCGUCACCUCAGUACGAGGAUUAUAUAGCCGCCGCCUUCUGCCCUCAACUUCACCUCUUCUUGUGCUCCCUCACGCCGUCAACACAGCUAAAUUGAGUAUUUCCACCUCACUCAUCACGCGAGCACACGCAACAAUCUUUUCUCCCAACAUCACACCCACGAUCCACAUCACAUCCCGCAAACACCCCAUCCAACAAGCCAAAAUGUCUACUGGCCAAAAGACAUCCGGCCCCGAGGGCAACAAGCUCUUCACCCGCAACCACCUCUUUGACCUCACUGGCAAAGUCGCUCUCGUCACGGGCGGCGGCACAGGCAUAGGCCUAAUGGCAACCCAAGCCCUCGCCUCCAACGGCGCAAAAGUCUACAUCACCUCCCGCAACCAAUCCAAGCUCGACAACACCGUCCAAACCUACGGCCAAAACGCCCCCGGCUCCAUCGUCCCCAUCGUGGCAGACGUCACCAAGAAAUCCGACAUUGACAAACUCUACAAGGAAAUCGAAUCAAAGGAAUCCGCCCUCGACAUCCUCGUCAACAACGCCGGCGUCUCCAGCGCCGCCUUCGAAGUCGAGAGCGACUCCGCGCAGGACAUGAAAGCAAGCCUCUUCGACGACGCCUCCGCCGAUUUCGAGGACUGGACCGAGACCUACCGCACAAACGUCGCGGCCGUCUUCUACGUCGCCGCGAGCUUCCUCCCCCUCCUGCAGAAAUCCACAGACAAACAACACGGCUGGUCCGGCACCGUCAUCAACAUCAGCAGCAUCAGCGGCAUGAUUAAGAAAUCGCAGCACCACUUCUCGUAUAACGCGUCCAAGGCGGCGACGAUUCACGUGAAUCGCAUGCUCGCCGAGGAGAUUGCGUCCAAUGGGUUGAAGAUCCGCGUGAACAGUAUUGCGCCUGGUGUUUUCCCCAGUGAGAUGACGACCAAGGAGCCGGCUGAUGAGGAGCAGAAGAGCGAGAUUCCAAAGGAGAAGUAUGCUGAUAAGGUUAUUGCGGGACGGCCUGGAAAGGAUGAGGAUAUGGCGUCUACGGUGCUGUUUUUUGCGUGUAAUCAGUAUUUGAACGGGCAGACGCUUGCUGUUGAUGGGGGGUAUACUCUUGCUGCUGGGAUGUGA